CAUUGUCCCCGGUCCUGAGGAAAUUACUUAAACAGAUGAGCACAAAAAAUUACAGCAGGGAGCAAAUCCAGAACACAAAAAACCGCAAAAGAUUUCUAGAUAAAGAGAGAAAAAUUGCAUAGGAGAUGGGGUGGGGAUGGGGGAUCUACGAAGGAACGGUGGUAAUCGGAUCGCUAGUUCUUCUCGGAUGGACAGGUCUUUGGUUCUUAAACCGAAGGCUUUACAAGGAGUACGAGGAAAAAAGAGCUUUGGUUCAAAUCAUCUUCAGUGUUGUUUUCUCUUUCUCUUGUAACCUUCUCCAGCUUGUUCUUUUCGAGAUCAUCCCCGUCCUUUCCAGAGAGGCAAGAUUGAUGAACUGGAAGGUGGAUCUAUUCUGUCUGAUUUUGUUACUAGUUUUCAUGUUGCCAUAUUACCAUUGCUACUUGAUGCUUUGCAAUAGUGGUGUGAGGAAGGAACGUGCCGCACUUGGAGCUAUCGUCUUCUUGUUGGCAUUUCUCUAUGCUUUUUGGCGCAUGGGUGUUCACUUUCCCAUGCCCUCUCCUGACAAAGGUUUCUUUACGAUGCCACAAUUGGUCAGUCGAAUUGGUGUUGUCGGAGUAACUGUUAUGGCUGUCCUAUCUGGUUUUGGUGCUGUAAAUUUGCCAUACAGUUAUUUGUCACUUUUCAUCAGAGACAUUGAGGAAUCAGAGAUUAAGGCAUUGGAGAGACAACUAAUGCAGUCAAUUGAGACUUGUGUUGCAAAGAAAAAGAAAAUCAUUCUUUGUCAAAUGGAGAUGGAACGAGUUCAAGGAUCUGAAGAGAACUUAAAGGGCAGAUCCUUCUUUAAAAGGAUUGUGGGCACAGUCGUUCGUUCAGUGCAAGAUGAUCAAAAGGAACAAGAUAUUAAAACCUUGGACGCUGAGGUUCAAGCUUUGGAAGAGCUUUCAAAGCAACUCUUCCUGGAAAUCUUUGAGCUUCGACAAGCUAAGGAGGCGGCUGCUUAUUCACGAACAUGGAGGGGCCAUAUGCAGAAUAUGCUUGGAUAUGCAGGUUCAAUUUAUUGUGUGUACAAAAUGAUUAAGUCUUUACAAAGUGUUGUUUUCAAGGAGGCAGGUUCAGUUGACCCUGUUACAAUGUCCAUUACCAUAUUGUUGCAGUUCUUUGAUAUUGGAAUAGAUGCUGCAUUGCUAUCCCAGUAUAUUUCCCUACUGUUUAUUGGAAUCUUGAUCACCAUAUCAGUUCGGGGUUUCUUAACAAAUCUAAUGAAGUUCUUCUUUGCAGUUUCCAGAGUUGGCAGUGGAUCUUCAAGCAAUGUUGUACUUUUCCUUUCAGAAAUUAUGGGAAUGUACUUCCUCUCUUCAAUUCUUUUGAUAAGAAAAAGUUUGAGGACCGAGUACAGGUUGAUUAUAACAGAUGUUUUGGGUGGGGAUAUUCAGUUUGAUUUUUACCACCGAUGGUUCGAUGCAAUUUUCGUAGCCAGUGCUUUCCUUUCCCUGCUUUUGCUUUCUGCACAUUAUACAUCACGCCAGGCUGACAAACCCCUAUUGAUUGAUAUUUGCCGCAAGGAAGCAUGAUUGUAAAAUUUCAGUUCAAUUUUAAGCCCCAAAAACAGGUACCGAUUUGAAUAAAUCCAACG